GAUGGUCACAUAUUCUUCCUGGAUCAAAAAGGUAGACCCAUGUUCCGCCGACCAAUUCGACAUAGAUUUUUACCGUAUGAAAGAAUUUUUGAUAAACCACUGCCAGUUCUACCAGUGGAAGAAGUCGAACGAAUAUUAAAAGAGAUUGAAUCAGGUAACUAUAAUGCCAUGACUACCACCGCUGAGUGCGAGGACGAAGAAAACAAAGAAUUUCCAGACAAAGCUUACAACCUAGAAACUAAACUGCACUGCUGGAUUUCGAUGCCUGAAUACACAACAAAAGAAGUCGUCGCUUCGAUACCUCAACUACCCUUACCAGAUCAACCGGGCCCAGAUUCCGCGUCCUCCAAAACCACAAAUACACAAACUUCUAUCAGUGACUUUGACUUUGAGAUCGUGCAAUUCUAA